CCCAUUUCCCAAAUUCCUAGUACAGCCCAAGGCCCAGUCAUUUGAAAAUUUUCAAUUCUACAAGUUUUCUCUUCUUUCUCUCUCUGCCAGCCAAACGCCCCAAAGCUCAACAACAGAGAAACAAAGAGAGAGAAAAACAAUCAAACAAACAAAUUAUUUUUCACAGCCAACAAUUUUUUCUACCAAACAAAAUUUCAAUUCUCACGUCUUUUUCGCAGACAUUUUCUUGGUGCAAGAUUUGUGGCCUUUUUGGGGGGCUAAUGAAGGGAAUUUGAGGUACUAAGUGAAGAUACAUCUGAAGAAAGAGGGGAAAGUGAGGAGGAGAGAGAAAGAGUGGUGUUGGUGUUGAGGAGUGUAUUAGGGUAGAAUGAGUUCCAAGAACGGUGGACCGUCGGCCCCGGUUCUCCUUCGGAGAGAUCCGUAUGAGGUUUUGAGUGUUACUAAGGAUUCUACUGAUCAGGAAAUUAAGACGGCGUACCGGAAACUUGCCCUCAAGUAUCACCCUGACAAAAAUGCUAAUAAUCCUGAAGCUGCGGAGCUUUUUAAGGAGGUUGCGUACUCUUAUACAAUAUUGUCUGACCCUGAAAAGAGAAGGCAAUAUGAUGCCGCAGGAUUUGAGGCUCUGGAUGCUGAAGGCAUGGAUAUGGAAAUUGACUUAUCAAACCUUGGGACUGUCAACACAGUGUUUGCUGCCUUAUUCAGUAAGCUGGGAGUUCCUAUCAAGACAACCAUCUCCGCUAAUGUUCUUGAAGAAGCAUUAAAUGGAACUGUGACUGUCCGACCCCUUCCUGUUGGAUCAUCAGUUCAUGGAAAGGUAGAGAAGCAGUGUGCCCACUUUUUUGGCGUGACAAUAAGUGAGGAGCAAGCGCAGGCGGGUAUUGUAGUCCGUGUUACUUCCGCUGCACAAAGCAAAUUUAAGCUUCUUUACUUUGAACAAGAUGCAAAUGGAGGAUAUGGACUAGCAUUACAGGAAGAUAGUGAAAAGACAGGCAAGGUGACAUCUGCUGGCAUGUACUUCCUGCAUUUUCAAGUUUAUAGGUUGGAUUCAACUGUAAAUGCGUUAGCAAUGGCCAAGGAUCCUGAAGCUGCUUUCUUUAAAAGGUUGGAGGGUCUACAACCUUGUGAAGUCUCAGAAUUGAAGCCAGGCACUCACAUAUUUGCUGUCUACGGUGAUAACUUUUUCAAACCUGCAUCUUACACAAUAGAGGCACUUUGUGUAAAAUCUUAUGAAGAAACGACAGAAAAAUUGAUGGACAUUGAGGCACAGAUUUUGAGAAAAAGAAAUGAACUCCGUCAAUUUGAAUCAGAGUACAGGAAGGCGUUAGCUCGUUUUCAAGAAGUGACAAACAGAUACAACCAAGAAAAACAAUCUGUUGAUGAGCUACUAAAGCAACGAGACAGUAUUCACUCUGCCUUCACUGUGGUCAGAACACUCAGUACUGGAAAUGCUAGCAAUUUGUCAAAUGGAAGUACAAGUAAGACUUCUGCUGAUGAAGCCAGGGGUGAAAGCCCAGUGGAAGAUGGAGGCUCUGAUGGAAAAGACAAAUCAUCUCGGAAGAGGUGGUUCAAUCUCAAUCUCAAGGGGUCUGAUAAGAAGCUUGGGUGAUUGCUUUGAGCGGAGAUGCAUAAACCAAUUCACUUUUGAUCAUCAUGGUGAUUGCUUUCAGUGAUCACCUUGUAUCCAUAGCUUAAUUUUUGCCCCCCAAUGAUUCCGAUAAUCUGAUUAUUUCACCUAUGCUUUCAGCCCUAGAAGAACGGAGAGGGGAACAUACAAAAAGGUAGAAGGAUAUUUGUUCGAUAAGUCGAGUUCUUUUUAAAAUGUAUUUUGUAUGUGUUUGUUAUUUAUCAAGGAAGAGAUUGAUAUUUUAUGGUCUGUUGUAGAUAUUUUUAAAAUGAGUGAAUAUUUUGUUGUAAGUAUAAAAUCUUCAUUAUUUGAUUUACCUGACAAUUUGGUUCUAGCAAUAUGCUUGUAUACAUUAUGAGCAGUAUGCGCGAAGCGUUUGUUCAUUGCAGAAUUACUGUUGCAUUGUUUGAUAUUUGGAUGAAGCAAACAAUUGAACUGCUAUAACCAAUAGAUACAUUUAUGCAUG